AUGUUCUGGUUAUUUCUUUUAUCAUUGGUACUUCAUGUAUCAUGUCAACCGUUUUUUGGUUCAUUACCUCCUCGUCCAACUACUGGUGUCAGAUUGUUUCUUGGUGAGGAGAAUAUUACUAUUGCUAAUUUCUCAAUGAUAGCUGCUGGUCUGAUUCAUGAUAAAGAUAUAGAUCAAGCUGAUAAUUCUAUUGGUAUUGGUUCUGAUCCUGAUGGUCAGAAUGAUGGUUUGUGGUGUCAGAGUUCUCUUAAUCAGAAUAUGAUAGGAACAUGGUAUCUUCCUGAUGGAACAACUGUACCAUUGGGUUCUGGCUAUCCUCUGUUUGCUAACAACACUGCUACUGGUCAAAUUGGUUUAUUAAGAAAUGGAUGGUCUGGAAACAUGCAAGGACUAUACAGUUGCAUUAUACCAAAUGAAGAAGGGAUUGAUCAGACACUGUAUGUUGCUGUUUAUGGUAAUGACAAUUUCCGUAAAAAUGAUGAGCUUCCAAUGAUUGAUGUUAGUAGUCACUCCUUCCAGCUCCUCUCAUCAGUUGAUGCUGAUCCUCCAGUGUUUAGUUUAUCAUUUAAUGUCACUAAUAGAUCACCAACAAUAGUCACUUGCUCUGUUGAUAAUGGAAACCAGUUUAAUGUAUCUGAUAGUGAUUUGAUACAUACUGUAACACCAGUUAAUAAUGAUGUACAAGUAGAAGCAUCAGUAAUAUUUAGAAUGAGAGUGUCUAGCCUGUAUAAAUGUUUUGUUGCUACUGACAGAAUUACAACUACACCUUUAGCAUCUACUAAUAUGACAAUAAGGAAUGUUACUGUAACUGGAUCUCCAUCUAACUUGGUCUACAGUAGAAAUAGUUUUCUCUCAGUUACACUAGGCUGGUCUCCCUCAGCAGUGAUUAGUGCUACUCCUCAGUAUCAUGUCUUUGUUAAUAACAGUAAUGGUAUUAUUAUGAAUGACAACACUACAGAUACUGAGCUGUCUCUCUCAUUACAUCCUGAUGAUGAAUAUAAUAUUAGACUAGUAGCUACUGGUGAAGACUUACCUAGUGAAAUAAUCACUGUUACUGUACCUCAAGCUGUCAGAAUUGAUGUACAAGGGCCAGUUAUGAUGCCAUUGGAUCAUUCUUCUUCCUUUUCAUUAACCUGCACAUUGACAUUAGCUCCUGAAGUUAAUGAUACUAUGGUGGAAAUGUACUGGUCAAGUCCUGAUCUCAUUCUCUUCAAUUCUACAACUGAUGGAGACAUAGUUUUAGAUACUUUAGAGCCUACAAUGAUAUCAGUUAAUGAUAGUGUUGUAUAUACACUUACUAUUAACUUCAGUUCAUUGCAAGCAUCACAAGUUGGAGAAUAUAUUUGUGGAGCUCUACUGAAUGAUAGUACUGAUACUAUCAAUGUAACAUCAAAUUAUUCUGUAUCUGUGCUAGUAUCUACUCCUGUGGUCACAUCUAGUCUCAAUACAACAGGACGUAUUUUUGAGAGCAAUGACAUUCAGUUAUUAUGUACCAUCACUAUUACUCCACUGGAUGUUAAUCAUACUGUUAAAGUAAUCUGGUUUGGGCCUAAUGGACUCAUUACAAUGAAUGAUGCUAAGUAUAGCAUUAGUACUGGGGAGAUCAACUCAACAACUACUGGAAGUAGUUUAACAUUCACUGCAUCUCUAUCAGAUAAUGGAACUGAUUACUAUUGUGCUGCUAGUGUUGGACCUGCUAGUAUUGUGAAUUGGUUUGAACUGAUUAUACCAUCAGAUACUGCUAUAUCAACUAGUGCUGCUGUCAUUGUGGAAAUUGUACCACUACCAUCAGUGUCAGUUAAUGAUGUUGGUAUUCCAGUAACAGGAGACCCAUUCCAGUUAGUGUGUACUGGAACUGCACCAGCUAAUGUAUCAAGUAUUGCUACUGUUAGUGUUCAAUGGCUUCUUAAUGGUACUGUGUUUACUAAUGAUACACUGGAGGGAGUCACUGUUACUAAUAGUGGGUCUAUGGCCACAUUAUCAUUCAGUUCUCUUAAUGCUUCUACUCAUGAAAGAGAUGAUUAUACUUGUGUAGCUACUCUUAGUAUUCCUGAUGUACCAACAACUAAAACAGCAAGUGCUACUAAUAACCUCCUAACAUUAACUAAUCCUAUGGUCUCUGUAUUUGCAAGUCAACCUGUUUUUGCUGGUCAAUCAUAUUCAUUAAACUGUACUGUCACAAUAGUAGGUGGAGACCUCAAUAUAACAUGGCUUGAUGGUAAUGGAAAUGAACUGACAGAAGGAAAUGAAAUAAAUAUGAUUUGA